AUGGGUUCAGACUCAGGCACAAAUGACGUCCAGUCAACACGUCAAGAUGCCGAGCAGGAUAUCGACUUCUGUACUCUUGGGAUGUUCAUAAUUGAUGAGAUCCAUUUCCCACCCCCCAAGGACCCGGUGUAUAACAUCCUCGGCGGCGCGGGUUCCUACUCGGCUCUAGGAGCCCGUUUACUAUCUCCACCUCCACUCUCACGGUCCGUUGGCUGGAUUGUAGACGCUGGAUCCGAUUUUCCGGUAGAGCUCAGAGAGGAGAUCAAUCGCUGGCGGACGAGCUGCGUGUUUCGAGAGACGCCGGAUCGGCUGACUACAAGAGCAUGGAACGGAUAUAUGGAAAACGAGUACAGAGCUUUCAAAUACUUGACUGAGAAAAUACGUCUCGAUCACACGUCCCUCUCCCCAAGGCUGCUGAAGUCGAAAUCGUUCCACCUCAUUUGCUCUCCAGCCCGCUGCAUCGAUCUCGUUGAGAAUAUCCUGAAGCUUCGAAACACCAGUGAGGAGCUGCCUCGGCCAAUCUUCGUCUGGGAACCCGUCCCAGACCUCUGCCUACCGUCCGAGCUAGAAAACUGCCGCAAAGCUCUGCAGGUGGUCGACGUGGUGAGCCCCAAUCACCAGGAGCUAGCCGCGUUUUGGGACAAGAGCGGAAACACGUCGAUAGGCGAUGUGGAUCGGCCUCUUGUGGAAGAACUUACCCAGGAUUGGCUUUCGUCUACCAUUGGAACGGACCUGGGAGGAUCAAGAAUAGGAGGCGUAGUAAUUCGGGCUGGCAAAGAUGGGUGCUAUGUGGCGUCGCAGAACACGACCGGGCGGUGGAUCCCGCCAUACCACCGCUCCGCUGAGAGAGUCGUUGAUCCAACGGGGGGAGGGAACACCUUCUUAGGUGGACUCAUUGUUGCGCUGACCCGUGGAGAAAGCUUAAUCGAAGCCUCGAUUAUGGCUGGUGUUUCUGCAAGCUUUGCUAUCGAGCAAGUGGGUAUGCCGACGCUGGCGUAUGAGACUGACGGUUCGGAGACCUGGAAUGGGAUCCGAGUAGCCGACAGACUGACAGAACUCCAGCAGUGGUUAGAACUGUAAUUACAAGACAUAUGAAAUAUUACCAUAUGAAUACAUCU